AUUAUUAUAAUAAUGUCAAUAGAAAUACGUCAUUAAAUUAAUACUUUAUAAUUUUAUUUUGUGUCGCUAUAUAUAUAUCAAUGUACGUAAGUAUAUACAUAUCUACAGUACAUUGUUCCACGUGGUUGAAGUAUUAGAAGUUGAAUGUGGUUUUUGUGAUAUAUUUGUUAUGGGAAAUGGAUAACAAUUGCGAUUUAAUAAAAACAAUUGAAGAUGAUCAAGAAGUGCCAAAUUUCUCUGAAGAUUCUGAUAUCGAAGAUGAUCCUAGGAAACAAAAAAAGAAAGAAAAUAAAGAUUUUGAUAACAACUUUCAAUUUUUAAGUGAUAUUUCCGAUUAUAAUAAAGAUACAUGGAAUGACUUAAGCAAAUACAUAAAAAGGAAAGCUAAAACAAAACUUGAUGACAAAAUUAAAAGAAUUAGACGAGGGUCCGAACAUGAGGCACAAAUAUAUUUAAGACUAAAGAAAAGAAAAGUAAAAAGAAAAAGAACAUUAAAGAAAAUGACGAAGAAACAAUCAAUUUUGAAGAAUAUUCAAAUAUAGAAUCUCAUGCAACAUUUUAUCAAAUGAAUUUAUCUCGUCCUUUAUUAAAGGCUAUAACAGCUAUGAAUUUUGUGCAUCCUACACCUAUACAAGCUGCUACUAUUCCUGUUGCAUUAAUGGGUCGUGACAUAUGUGGUUGUGCUGCUACAGGUACUGGUAAAACUGCAGCUUAUAUGUUGCCAACUCUAGAAAGAUUACUGUAUAGACCAUUAGAUGGUCCUGCUAUUUCUCGUGUUCUUGUACUUGUUCCAACAAGAGAACUUGGUGUGCAAGUGUAUCAAGUUACAAAACAAUUAUCUCAAUUUACAACAAUUGAAAUAGGAUUAUCCGUAGGUGGUUUAGAUGUGAAAACUCAAGAAGCUGUAUUAAGGAAGAAUCCAGAUAUAGUAAUAGCUACUCCAGGAAGAUUAAUUGAUCAUUUAAGAAAUACACCAUCAUUUUCAUUAGAUAACAUCGAAGUGCUUAUAUUAGAUGAAGCAGACAGGAUGUUAGAUGAAUACUUCGCAGAACAGAUGAAGUACAUAGUAAAACAAUGCUCCAGAAGUAGACAAACAAUUUUAUUCUCAGCUACUAUGACCGAAGAGGUGAAAGAUUUGGCUGCUGUAUCUUUAAAUAAACCUGUUAAAGUUUUUGUAGACAGUAAUCAGGAUGUCGCUUUUAAUUUACGUCAAGAAUUUAUCCGGAUACGAAAAGAAAGAGAAGGAGAUCGAGAAGCAAUUUUGGCAGCCUUAAUUUGUAGAACUUUUCAUGAUCAUGUCAUGGUUUUUGUACAAACCAAAAAACAGGCUCAUAGAUUACACAUUUUGUUAGGAUUAUUAGGUAUCAAGGUCGGAGAACUUCAUGGUAAUCUUACACAACCACAACGUCUAGAAAAUUUAACAAAAUUUAAAAACGAAGAAAUAGAUAUUUUGUUAGCAACAGAUGUUGCUGCAAGAGGUUUAGAUAUUAGUGGGGUAAAAACUGUAAUUAAUUUUGUAAUGCCAGCUACUAUGCAACAUUAUAUUCAUAGAGUUGGAAGAACAGCAAGAGCUGGUCGUGUUGGAGUAUCAGUAUCAUUAGCUGGAGAACAAGAACGUUUGUUAGUUAAAGAAAUUAUUAAAAAUGCAAAAAAUCCAGUAAAGAAUCGAAUUAUACCUCCUGAUAUAAUUCACAAAUAUUCUAAAAAAUUACAAUCUCUUGAAUCUGAUGUUGACAAAAUUUUAGAAGAGGAACGAAAUGAAAGAGAAUUAGCUAAGAUAGAAAAUCAAGCAAAUCGAGCAGAAAAAUUAUUAAAGAACGACAAUAAUAAAGAAGCUCAAAGAACUUGGUUCCAAACUCAAAAAGAAAGAAAAGAAGAAAAAGAGAAAUUAUCAUUAACUGAGAAACAACCAAAUAUAAAUAAGAAGAAGAAACAACAAGAUACAAAACCAUUAAAUGUAGUUGAAGAAAAGAAAGAAAAAUCUAAAAAACCUAAAAAGGAAACACCAGAGGAUAGAACCAAAAGAGAAUUAGAAAAAAUUGCGGCCUAUCAAGCAAGAUUAGCUAAAAAAAAGAACAAACAAAGUAAAAUUCGAACAAUUGUAGAGGAUGAUAAAUUUGCAUCUAAUAGAAGAGGUAUAUUCUAGUAAACAAGUAAACUGUUCUUUUUAGCUACAAAAAAUUGAAUCUCUUUUUUGCUUAUAAUUUCAAUUCUAUUUUAGUAUUACAAAAACGGUCAAAAUCUUCAUUUGCUGCUGACUUAACAAAUACAAGUAAAAAAGCUGUGAAAAAAAUGCGUUACGAGUAAGUAUAUUAGAAUAAAUUAAAAUGAGGUAUUACAAAUUUUUUUAAAUUGUUUUUAUAAACAUACAUAUAUAAUAUUAUUUUCAUAAGCAACUAUUUCAUUUAUUUUAGGGCAAAUGUUAAAAAGAAUCAGAGUAAAAGAAAAAGUAUAAAAAAUUUAAGCGUAGGGAAGAAGGAUAAUAGAAAAAAUCUUAAAAAACGUUAAAUUAAAUUUUGAUAUCUGUAACUAUACGUUAUUAAAUACAUACCAUUUUACUUAAUUUGUUUUAUUAUAGAACCGUUACAAUGCGUCACUUAUGUCUCACAGAUUGACAGAUGA